AUGACCACCGAAAUUUCACUCGUUCGGCGCCAUCGCUUAACGCCGUCAUUCACCGAUUCUGCAAUCGAUGUAGAAUUAACAGAGGAGUUGACGCAAAGCGACGACGGCAACAACAAUUCCGUACUUACUACGUCUUCAGAAAACAAUGCGGCUCUACUCAAUCAGCGAAUUGUUCAUAUCGCGCAUCUAGCCGCCAAUGAUGAUACUCUGCGUGGACUCUCGCAAGAUGAAUGCGCCGCCGUCAACAAAUAUCUGGAUAAUAUUGAGAAGUUAUUCGAUCCGCGACAGGAAUUGACUCGUGCUAUUGCGCUGAAUCGUCCUGCUUCACCUACAAGUUCCGCGACUGUGACGACAUCUCCUGCAAAUGCGGCGCUUCGACGGAAAUCAGUAUCGAAAACGAUCAGUCCCAAGACUGCUACUACAUCAUUACAACAGCAGACAUCCCGCGACCUGAACUCGGUACUGGAGCAGUUGUCGAUCGUCAAUGAGGAGUUGCGACAACGAUACCUCGAAUCUCGGCAUAUUCAUGAUUUAUUCAUCGUCAACUGUGAAGGAUUGGCGCAGAGGAUUAUAGAGUUGGAGAAUGAAGUACAUGAACUAAAUUCGGAUAUCCUCGAAGAUACAAUCGAACUCGAAGGUCUGCGAGGCACAGUCCGCGGCCUCGACAGUUGGGUUAAUAGAUGGCAACGUCAGCGCGAAUUCGCAUCCGCAUCUCCCUCCUCAAAAUCCGCGCGACGACCAAAGUCGAGGAGUUAUUGGAGACGGAAACACAAAUCUUCACAUGAUGAUGAGGACGUCGACGAUGGGAAUGAUUUUGACACGUUUCUGGAUGGCGUUUUGGCUUGGAUGAGAGGUUGGAAUGAUGUCGAAGAAGGGUUUUUGAUUCGAGCGAGGAGGAGGAAGUUGAGACGGGAGAGGAAUGGACUGAUCUCUGAGGGUUUCCAUUCUCAGCUGCAGCCACUUUUGCGAGGGCGCUCACAGUCAGCCUCACUGAAUGAGCAAGAGGGACGAAUCUUAUUAGCAAUUUCCGAUUUACAGAAUGGCCGAAUUCAACGUGUAGCUCAAGCUGCAAGGAUUUACGAGAUCCCCCGGACAACUUUACAAGAUACUCAAUGCCAUAAAUUGACUCAAUAUGAAGAGGAAUCGCUUGUCAAAUGGGUGCUUGAUUUAGAUCGACGUGGAUUACCCCCCCGGCAUUCUCUUGUACGAGAAAUGGCUAAUUAUAUACUUUCACAACAUGGCAAACCACAAGUUGGAAAAAAUUGGAUAACUAAACUGAUUAAACGCCGUCCAGAGAUCGAUUCCAAAUUCGCAAGGAAAUACAACUACGAACGUGCUAAAUGCGAAGAUCCAAAGAUAAUACAAGAACAUUUUGAUCGCGUACAAGCUGCUAUAUCUGAGUACGGCAUCUUACCGGAAGAUAUAUUCAACUUUGAUGAGACUGGCUUUGCUAUGGGACUCUGUGCAACUGCAAAGGUUAUUACUGGAAGCGAUCGAUAUGCUCAGCCGAAGCUUUUACAGCCUGGAAAUCGAGAAUGGGUGACUGCAAUUGAGGCAACAAAUUCAACUGGAUGGGCUGUGCCUUCGUACGUGAUUUUCAAAGCAAAGAAAAACGUACGAGAAGGCUGGUUUGAUGAUCUUCCAGAUGAUUGGCGAAUCAAUAUUAGCGAUAAUGGCUGGACUACAGAUCAGAUAGGAUUAGAAUGGCUUAAAACCCAUUUUAUUCCCUAUAUUAAUGGUCGUACGGUUGGAAAAUAUCGAAUGUUGAUUCUUGAUGGCCAUGGAAGCCAUUUGACACCAGAAUUUGACCAUAUAUGUACUGAGAAUAAUAUUAUUCCAGUCUGUAUGCCACCUCAUUCUUCGCAUCUCUUACAGCCUCUUGAUGUUGGCUGUUUUGCUGUUUUAAAGCGACAUUAUGGGCAGCUUGUUGAGCAACGAAUGAGGCUUGGUUUCAAUCAUAUUGAUAAAAUGGACUUCUUAACAGCAUUUCCACAGGCUCGUACAGUGGCAUAUAAAGCUCAAACUAUUCGGAAUAGCUUCGCAGCCACUGGAUUAGUGCCUUUCAAUCCAGAUCGAGUUAUACAACAGCUUAAUAUUCGAUUGAAGACACCAACCCCCCCUCCAAGUCGAUCAAGCAAUACGGCAUCAUCCUGCUUACAAACACCUCAAAAUAUACGCCAAUUUAUACGCCAGUCGACUACAAUCAAUAAACGUAUAAAUGAGCGUACAGAAAGCAACCAAAAUCAAGAAAUCAAUCAGGCAGUUGUACGGUUGUCAAAAGCCUACGAAAUGAUAGCGAAUGAUGUUUUACUCGUACGGAAAGAGAACUACGAUUUACGAGCUGCACAUGAGAAAGAGAAGCAAAAGCGCCAAAAAUCUAAAAAGCAAAUAUCUAUUGAGCAAGCGGUUACUAAAGAAGAAGUGCAAGCGCUCGUACAAGGUCAGGUUGAGGCAUCCCAUGCUGUUACUACUACUCCGGCUGAGCCGGAGCUCCCAGCUUCUCAAGCAGUCGUACGCCGCCAAUAUCGCUGCAGUGGUUGUAACGUUAUGGGGCAUAGAAUUAACCAAUGCCCUAGUCGUAUUAGUAGUUAG